GAGGGAAGCGGAGAAGGACCACCGGGAGGCUGGAUCUGUCAGACAGAGCCAGCCUUGACCACGGCUGGGCCUUUGCCAGACCAGGGCUGCUCUCCUGGGAGGAGCAGGCGGGUGGAGACCCAGGUCCCCACACAAACAAGCUUUGGAGACAAACAACCUCCUGACCUUUUGAGGCUCGUCAGCCCGUGAGGACAUCAGCUCCACCCUAAUGGCAGCAGAGCCACUGACUGAGCUGGAGACGGCCAUCGAGACAGUGGUCACCACCUUCUUCACCUUUGCAGGACGGGAGGGCCGUAAAGGCAGCCUCAGCAUCAAUGAGUUUAAGGAACUGGCCACUCAACAGUUGCCUCACCUGCUCAAGGAUGUGGGCUCCUUAGAUGAAAAGAUGAAGAGCUUAGAUGUGAAUCAGGACUCAAAGCUCAAGUUCAACGAGUACUGGAGACUGAUUGGGGAGCUGGCCAAGGAGAUCAGGAAAGAGAAGGCCCUGGAGAUCCGGAAGAAGUAAAGCCAGCAGGCCAGGAUGGGGCGGGCGGGGCAGGGCAGGGCAGGGCGCCACUCUCCCCAAAUACAGCCUCAUCCUUGAAACACGCAUGUUUCUUAAUCCCACCCCACCUCGAUUUCUUCUCUUGAGACUAGCGGGUGGGAAAGCUCUGCCCUGACCUGAGAGUGGGUCCAAAAAUUACGAGCUCUUCGAGGACCACAAGUGUUGUUCAUCUUCAAAUAUUCUGCAGCAUCUAGCACUUGGUCUUGUAUAAGGUAGGUGCUCAAUAAAUUGUGGAUGAAAAAAGGGCCACAGACUAAACCUGACAAGGAGAGAGAGGCCUGCGUGGCGGGCCCUACAAACACACAGACCAAGAGUAACCACACAGGACGGUCUCAGUGUAAAAACUCCUAACUAAAAGUGGGCCAUGGCAGGUAGUCCCGUCUGAGGCUGUAGCUUCCUGGACAAAGGUCAGUCUUUACCUUAAGUGAGCCUGUCUAAUGCCUUUUUGCAUCUAAGAUAACAUACCUUUGAAAUGUCAGAGUCAUCCCCUUUUCCAGACCGCUCAGGGCAAAACCGCAGGCACCAGACCACAGACCAGAGGCCCUUGUUGUUAUCUUGUGGCCCUACAUGCCAUCUGCAUGUGCUGUAAAUGUUAUCGUCUGUCCUGCGCCCACAAUGUAAAAGAACUGUGUGUCUCUCCCUUUUACUUUUUAUCCAAUCCCAGAGGUCCCCCUUUGCUUUCUCCCGUCUCCCUAAUCUGCCACCCAUGGAUUCCAUGUAACCCCCUCCGUCUCCUUUGAUUCUAAUGUAUGAAAUAAGUGGCAAAACUGCUAAUCUUGGGAGCAUUUUCCUAAUCUGUUGGGUUUUUGCUUCCUGGUGACUGUCAUCAGUUUGGCUCAAAUAAACUCUUAUAAGACUUUU